CUGUUUCCGGCCGGACGUGUGAGUGUCGCACCCUCUAAACAGCGAGGACCGACACACGCCAUUGUAUGAAUUUGUGCAUUCGCGUUUUUUUCGUUUAGUUUUAUUAAAGUUUUAUCUGCAGUCUGAUUUAACAGUCCCUUGUUAAAUCAUCGACAUCCGUUUUUUUUAAGGACGAAACUUUUAUUUACAAUUAAAGAGAUGGCAACAGACUCGUGGGCCCAGGCUGUGGAUGAACAAGAAGCCGCGGCGGAAUCGAUAGGCAGCUUGCAAAUAAAUGAAAAAGAUGACAAGCUGAAAGCUGAAGUAAAAGCUGAAGCCAAUGGGGCAAAGACCGAAGGAGAUGGAGAGAAGACCGAGGACGAUGAUAAAGAUGACAAGGCAGCUCAGUCACUACUGAAUAAACUGAUCCGCAGCAAUCUAGUGGACACGACCAAUCAAGUGGAAGUCCUUCAGAGGGACCCGAGCUCUCCACUGUACUCUGUCAAGUCGUUUGAAGAGCUACGAUUGAAACCUCAGCUUUUGCAAGGAGUGUAUGCCAUGGGUUUCAACAGGCCCUCCAAAAUCCAGGAGACCGCAUUGCCCAUGAUGCUCGCAGAACCUCCACAGAAUCUGAUCGCUCAGUCUCAGUCAGGCACGGGGAAAACCGCUGCCUUUGUGCUGGCCAUGUUAAGUCACGUGGACCCUGAAAACAAAUGGCCUCAGUGUCUGUGUGUGUCCCCCACAUACGAGCUCGCCCUACAGACCGGCAAGGUCAUCGAACAGAUGGGCAAAUUUUACCCUGAAGUCCAGCUGGUGUAUGCCAUCAGAGGAAACAAAUUGGAGCGGGGAACUCGAUUACAGGAGCAGAUCGUGAUCGGCACUCCUGGUACUGUUUUGGAUUGGUGCCAGAAGCUUAAAUUCAUCGACCCCAGGAAGAUCAAGGUGUUCGUCCUGGAUGAAGCUGAUGUCAUGAUCGCCACACAGGGCCAUCAAGACCAGAGCAUUCGUAUCCAGAGGAUGCUUCCUAAAACUUGCCAGAUGCUGCUGUUCUCGGCCACAUUUGAAGACACCGUGUGGAACUUCGCAAAGAGGAUCGUUCCCGACCCCAACAUCAUUAAACUGAAGCGCGAGGAGGAAACUCUGGACACCAUCAAGCAGUACUACGUCAUCUGCAACAGCAAGGAGGAGAAAUUCCAGGCUUUGUGCAACAUCUACGGAGCCAUUACUAUCGCACAGGCCAUGAUCUUCUGCCACACCAGGAAAACGGCCGGUUGGCUGGCGGGAGAGUUGUCCAGAGAAGGCCACCAGGUGGCGCUGCUCAGCGGAGAGAUGCAGGUGGAACAGAGGGCAGCGGUCAUCGAACGUUUUCGUGAUGGCAAGGAGAAAGUUCUGGUUACCACUAACGUCUGUGCUAGAGGUAUUGAUGUGGAGCAAGUUUCAGUCGUCAUCAACUUCGAUCUGCCAGUGGACAAGGAUGGAAACCCUGACAACGAGACGUAUUUGCAUAGAAUCGGGCGUACAGGGCGAUUCGGCAAGAGGGGGUUGGCGAUCAACAUGGUGGACAGCAGGUUUAGCAUGAACAUCCUCAACCGCAUCCAGGAGCACUUCAAUAAGAAGAUCGAGAAGCUGGACACGGAUGAUUUGGAUGAAAUCGAGAAAAUCGCCAACUGAGCGGCAGUCUUUGUUCUUCUACUAGGACUUGGUUUUAAUUCAGAGGCUGGAAGAGGAGAGGAUGUUUACAUGUGGAGCAGUUUUAUCUCAGAUGGUGUUUUUAUAGGUUUUGUUUAAACACAUUUCACUCUUUGUACUUCUUAAUAAAUUCUGAAUGUCUAAUCUUAACGUCACGUGUAUGAGGAUGCUACAGCAGCACUCUGGGAUAGUGGCACGAGGAUAUCCACAAACUCAUCAUGAACCUUUUAAAACACAUUUUUAACAGCCUGCUAGCCUGGGUUAUAUUGAUUUCUAACAUGGGACUCCCAACCAAGGACUCAUGUUGUCAUAAUUACAGAUGAGAUUUUUAUGGAAUGAGAUGAAUUUUCUAUCAAGCGUGAAAAAUAAGCUCUUUUUUUUGUUUUUUGUCAAGUUUGUGUUGUAUGAAAUCAGGAUGCAGCUACAUUUGAUUUUGGCAUGUCGCUCUAAAAUAGGAGUCCAAAUGCAGGGUUUAUUUAACGUAUAGAGAUUGCUGUUAUUGUGUCAUACAUUAAUACUUGAUACCUCAUGACAUUGCUAACGAAUGGAUGCUGGCAGUUAUUGGCUUUGAACUAAACUGAAACGUUUGCCAAAAUCCUUUUAUUGGUAUAAAAUUAUGCAAAAACCAAAGAUUUGUGCCUCCAUUGGAUUUUCCAGUAUUUAACAUGGAAUAUAACACAAACGUUUCUAUCUAUUCAUCAUGUACAAAUAUUGUCAUACAUAUUUAAUAAGUACAAAGAGUGAAAUUGUUGCUAUAUUUAACAGACAGCAGAUGCAUCAUGGCAUUCAUUGGAAGAGUGCUUUGGAGCGGAAGCAUUAUUUGUGUUCCCAGUCACAGACUGAGUUUAAUUAGAAAUGAUCAGGUACUCAUACACAAAUGCAACCGAAGGCUGUGCCACAUUCCCAUUUUGCAGCCGCCUUAAAAAUGUGAACGGCAGAUGUGAGCGCAUCCUCUACAAUCUCACUGUAUUCUUCAGGUUAGCCGUAGCAAAUGAUUAUUUUAUAUUAUGGGACAUUUUAAUUUAACUACACGACACUGCACUCGGCUCCAUUAUAUAUGCAUUAUGAUAGACGUAUAUUUUAUUCAUUGGUAUGCAAGUAGUGAAGUUGGGGUAAAGUGUGUCAGUCGCAUCUUCGAAGGGAAGACUUUUCUUGAUUAAGAAUAACUAGAUCGAUUAAAUAUAUCUCCUGCUGCCUUGUGUAUUUUCUCAGUUUGGUUCAAGCUGUCAAUCAUACCUGUUACGAUGAUGUUGAAUAAAAGUGAGGGUUUUUUUUUCUUUGCAAACAGAAUUUGAAAUCUAUGACUAAGUUAAAGGACUGUUUAGAAACCAACAUUUGAUCUGGUGUCUGAUCAGAAAAUAAAUGAACUUGUCUCUGUAAUCAAACACAUUCCUGCAUAAUCAUUGCAUUCUUUUUUUAUUAUAUUAGUAAGUACAAUUCAAGGCCAAUUCGAUAUUUUUCCACAGCACCACAAGGCUGCAUGUAACGUUCACCUCAAUGAAGAUGUUUUUUUAACAAUCAUUUAUUCUCAUUUAUGUGAAAACAAUUUUGAUAGUUUUUCAACAAACAUGCACUUACAGCUGACAAAUCAGCCUUUUGAGACGAUUAAUCAUUUCCGUGUUUCACUUCAAUUGAAUGUUGAUGACAAAAAAGUAUGUAUCUCUUUGAAAGUGAUGUGUCUUGAAAGGUUCUGUGUGUUUGGAGCGGAUCAGUGACUGUCUGGAUGUUACAGGACGAGGAACGCUUGAUAAAACUGUUCAACUAAUCCAGCUCCUCUCAGGUCUGCUGCUUCUGUGCUCAUAUUGAUGUCUGAAUGAUGUGUGCUAGAAUAAAGCUACCAAUUCAA